AUGUCCCACGGUGCCUGGCCGUGCCUGCUGAAACCCUGCAGAGCCAAGACGGUCCCACCUUCAACGGCCAGGACCACGUCAGGCAACUGGAGACCAGCAGCCAUCGCGGCUGUGGUGUGUGGGUUCAAGAGACGCCGGGGAGGCCUCUACAUCAGCGCCUUGAGAGCAAGCCUGCGCGACAGCGAGGGCAGGAAGAUUCAGAAUGCACCGGUCUUCGAUGCCAGCAACUUAAAGUCCAUCAAGUCCAGACACACGGCCGAGUUUUGCUCACGUCCGUUCGGCGUUCUUGCCUAUGCUCCAAGCUCGAACGGCAAGGGUGCCAUGGUUUGGGAGCUGGGCGAGGAGCGGUAUCCUGGAGAUCCACAAGGUCGAGCCCGAAUGGCGGGUGUGGAAGAAGAAUUUGUAGUCAAGGCAAUCAACGGCCAGGAUGUGUCCACCUGGGAGUUUCCUGAUAUCUUGGAUUUACUGGGCGACAAGAUCUUGGACAAUUCCAGCGGCAAGUUUCAGUCGACCUGCAAAGGUGCUAUGCAAAAUUCUCCUGCAGAUCUGCCCGUUCGGAUAGAGUUCGUUCAGAUCCAGCUACAGCCCACGGAGCAAGCUCCCGUCGCCAUGACCCCUGCUCCCCAGAUUCCGCGGCCCCAAGCCAUCCGCGACUACCCGCUUCGUUACACUCACGCUGUAGAUGAUGCUUUUCUCAAGUCCGCACUAGAUGCUUUCACAGAGCACGCUGGACAACCAGUGCUUUCCGUAGAUGAUGCUCUUCAGCUGGUGACUGAUGCAGACAAGCUUUUCCGGGCAGAGCAGACAUUGCAGAGAGUCGAAGUGAACACUGUGGUUGUUGUGGGUGACCUUCAUGGCCAGUUCUAUGACCUCCUGCGUAUUUUUGAGGAAUUGGGUAUGCCAUCGGAAAAGAACCCAUACCUGUUUAACGGAGACUUCGUAGACAGAGGAGCUCAUUCGUUGGAGGUUGUUUUCACGUUGCUGCUGCUUAAGAUGCGGCAUCCAAGCUACAUCUACAUGAAUCGUGGCAACCACGAAGCUGCCGACUUGAACCUGCGUUAUGGCUUUGCCGCAGAGAUUCGUGAUCAUUACGGCUUCGAUGGCCACAGGCUCUUUGAUGCUUUUUCCCAGAUGUUUCGAUGGAUGCCGCUGGCGCACGUAUUGAACUCCGAUGUCUUUGUUGUUCACGGGGGCCUGCCUGGUCCAGAUCCUCGGCUUCCCUUCAACGAUGCGGGUGGAGGUGGUACGGGUUAUGAUGCAGUUGGCUUUAGUGGUCGACGCGGUGGUGGCCAGCACCUGUCCUUGCUUGGUUACAAUCCGGACAAUGUUUCUUUGCCGCCUCGGAAAACCGAACUGACGCUGGAAGACAUCGCGAGCUUGCCCCGUGGUGGAGAUCCCGCCACGGACUUGAAAAAACUGGCCGAGCUGCCGGAAGAUGAGGCCGAGGUGCAGCGCGUGAUUGUCGAUCUGCUUUGGGCGGAUCCACGAGGAAAGACGGGUUACGGUCCGUCCUACAGAGUCCGAAAAGGUUGCUACAUAUUCGGCCCCAACAUUACUACUGCAUUCCUGAGAAGAAAUGGCCUUCGUCUCAUGAUCCGGUCACACGAAGUCAAAGUGGGCGGCUUCGAGUGGACACAUCCUGACUGUAUCACUGUAUUUUCCGCUCCGAAUUACCUAGGUCACGCUGGCAACAAAGGUGCAGUCAUUAAGCUGGCUCCUGAUGAGACAGGCAGACUGGCUCCAUCCUUCGUGACCUACGAGGCCCAAGAUGUGUCCGGCAACGUGGGUGCCGAGCAAAAAUGCUGCAAUUAA